CCUCGCGAGUCUCACACAGCGGAGCGGGAAGCAUGGUGCCUCCUCCGGUCGGGUCGAUGGCGCUGACCUCCCUCCGAUUCGCGUCCCUCUUCCUCCUGCACGAUCCAGUCUUCGACGGCGCCUCCGCUCCCUCCCCCUUCCCUGGACCCGCCGAUGGCUUGGCGAACUCCACAGUCCAUCCAGGGAACCCAGACAAGACACCAUCUCCUUCGGAAGAUCCGUACGUGGAACAAGGAGAAUCCGCAUUUCGGGAGGUGAAACAACUUCUGGAAAAAGAUGACUGGGAAACGGUGGAGGAAGAAGAUGGCAUCGUCGUCAAGAAACAUUAUAACGACAAAUACAAAAGAUACGACUAUCUUUCAGAGACUGUGCUGAAUGCUUCGGCUGAGGUCAUCUUCAACGAGUUAUGGUGGCAUUACGAGCGAAGUCCUACUUGGAAUGCAGAAACCACAGGCGUGGAAAUCAUCAAGAGAAUUUCCAAUGACACAAUGAUAGCCCGCGUGAUCUCGGCAGACCAAGGCUCACCGUACAUCACCAGACGAGAUUUCCUGUCCGUGUACUCCUGGCAUCACGUGGACGACACCUUCUACAUCUGCUACGUUUCCACGGAAUUCCCCGGAGCGCCAUCCAACGAGGAAUACACGAGGGGAAGCCACAAUCCGAGCUGCUUUGUCAUCUCGCCCAGAGCCGACGGCUUCACGGCCUUUCGGUCCGUUUUGAACGCGGACGCGAAAGUGUAUGCCUUCUUAGAACCCAUUUUUCGAGUCGCCAUGAUUCGCGCCAUGAUUAAUUACGCCGCAGCUCUCAGAGAAUACGCCCCGAAACUGGAAGGACUUUCAUGAUUGUUUUAAUUCAUUGUGGAAGAGUCGGGAAGCCCAUGGAAUGAAAUAAAGCCAUCGACAACAG